GAAAAGUCUAUAAAUUAAAGAUAAGCCUUAUUCUAAUAGCUGCUGCACAUUUAUCACACAUCAACUAAUCUUUUAAAUAACAAACCGAUAGAGAUGCAAAUACUUAGAGGAACUAGAAUAGAAAGAUGCAUUUACAACAGUAACAGUCGUGGAAAAAUUCAGAAUAAAUUUGUAAAUUUCCUGAUGAAGAGAGUCAAGCAUGUGAAAUCUAAGGACACUUCCUUACUACAACAGAAAUGACUCGCCUGUACAACAACAAAUUAAAUAAUAUUUAUUCAUAAUCAGGAAUUAAAGUGAGGAUAAAUAGACAUGCAUUUAUAAAUAUCCCACAAAAUUCAUAUCAGCAUCUCACUUUCAUUCUGAAUCUCGUUCCAUCGAAAUGUGCAAAAGUGUAUCAAUACAGUCGGUGACUUGUGCAUCAGAAGUAGAAAAAUCUGAAGAAAAAGUCAAUUUUGAUGAAGCAAUUCGAUUAACUGGAUAUGGAAAAUUUAAUUAUUUUAUUGUGAUAAUUAGUGGAGUUGUGUUGUCUGCUGUGCUGCUUGAAACCCUUAGCAUCUCAUUUGUGCUACCUGUUGCUGAAAAUGAUCUUGAUUUGAGUACGGAAGAUAAAGGAAUUGUUAGUUCCGUUGCAUAUGCAGGAAUCAUUGCAUCAUCACAUAUAAGUGGAUUCUUAGCAGACACGAAAGGCAGAAGACUAGUCAUCAUGUUAUCGCUGUUGCUCUCUUUCGGAUGUACACUCAUAUCCAGUUUUGUUAGUAAUUUUUGGAUAUUCACUGCCAUGAGAUUUUUAUGUGGAUUUUUCAUAUCUGGAAGUAGCGCGACAAUAUACGCUUACUUAGCAGAAUUUCAUACGAUUAAGAUGCAAUCCAAAGUUAUUAUGGGAGCUGCAUUUGUUUUCGGUGUUAGCUCAAUGUGUAUGCCUCUCAUUGCUAUGCUCAUCAUUAAUCAGGAAUGGAUGUUCGUAAUUGACUUUUUAAAUGUCGAAUACAAGCCUUGGAGACUGUUUGUGCUUACUUGUGGAUCAAUGAGUUUAAUAAGCGGCUUGUGCUUUGUCUUCCUUCCUGAAUCACCAAAGUUUAUGUUUACAAAUGGCAAGAAGGAGGAAGCAUUGGGUACUCUCAGAAAAAUCUACAGACUCAAUACUGGACGAGCAAUUGAAGAAUAUAAAGUGAAGGAAAUAAUUGUUGAUGAAAAAAAUAUCGAAACUAGUUGCCAACCAGACUCGAAGGAUUUGUCUUUAUGUAAACGCAUGUGGAACCAAACAGCACCGUUGUUUCAGAAGAUGCAUCUAAAAAAUACACUUAUUUUGUGCUCAAUUCAAUUUUUGAUAUUCAACACGUCGUCAGGCUUCUACAUGUUCUUCCCAGAAAUUCUGAAUCGAGCGAUUGAAUUCACGAAAGAAAACCCAAAUACAUCCUCAACAAUUUGUCAAGCUUUCUAUCAAAAUAGAAACUCAUCAAUGACAGAUGUCAAUCCAUCGAAUAUCAUAAAGUUAGAAUUCAAAACCUAUGAAUAUUCCUUUAUAUUAGAAAUAAUAUAUGCACUAGGAUUUGCUGUUAUUGGGGUGCUCGUUAAUCGUCUCGGAAAAUUAUUCAUAGUUUUAUUUGUUCUUCUUGGCUGUGGACUAUGUGCAUUUGCGAUAUCAUUUGUGUCAAUAGUCAACUUAUCAAUUUAUCUCUACGUGAUUCUACUGGCAUGUGGACUCUCUGUCAAUGUCAUUACAGGAAGCACUCUUGAACUUUUUCCAACGAGCUUAAGAGCAAUGGCUGUUUCUCUAUCAUUGAUGUGCGGACGCUUGGGAAGUGUAUUUGGAUCAAAUGUCGUUGGGUUGAUGCUAGACAAGUAUUGUGAAUAUGCUUUCUUGUACUCUGGAACGACAUUAAUUAUCUGUUGCUGCCUUAUUUUUUAUAUACCAAACAUUUCUAAACGACGAGGUACUGAAUCUAGUGAUAAUAAAGUGAUAUCGCCUAGUUAAAUGGUGAUUGACUUGUAAAUAUUUUAUAGGAGUUGAGUUUGUUUU